AUGUUCAUUUAUAGGAAGUGGCCAGGAAUCACACCCACCAAAGUCACCAUCCAAAACAAGAUUCUCCUCCAGAAAACGUCAUCGGUCACCACCAUCAGAACCACCCUGGGCCACCAGGCGGCCGUGGAAGCCCGAGACGCUAUCUACCUGAAAUAUUUAGCGUUAUUUGAAGAGGAGCUGAAGAAGAUCCAGGACGACCACACGUCGCAGGUGAAGGAGGCUCAGCGCUGGAAGGACAGCUGGAAGAGCUCCGUGCACACUGUCCAGGGCCUGUACUCGUGACACCCUCCACUCACCCCAGUAAAGGCUCAUUUCG